AUGGAACUCACCAUCUCCGACUAUCACGACGCCCUGCGCUCCGGUCGCACCACCUGCGCGCACACCGUCGCCGAGUAUCUCUCGCGCAUCGCCCUCUACAAUCCCACCCUACGCGCCCUCAUCACCAUCAACCCCAACGCCCUCCAUGACGCCCGCCAAAAGGACCGAGAGGGCUUUCCCCAUUCCCCAUCCCCCCUCCACGGCGUUCCUCUCAUUCUGAAAGACACCUACGCCACCUCCUCCAUGCCCACUACCUCUGGCGUCUGCGCCCUCCGCGCCCUCACCACCUUCGACGCCCCCGUCGUGCAGCGUCUCCUCGCCGCCGGCGCCAUCCUUCUCGCCAAGGCCAACCUGCACGAGUUCUCCCUCGAAGGCGUCACCCUGUCCUCGCUCGGCGGUCAGGCCCUGAACCCCUACGAUCUGACUCGCACCCCGGGCGGCUCGUCCGGCGGCACGGCCGCCGCAUUAGCAGCCAACCUCGCCCUGGCGGGAUGCGGCGGCGACACGGUCAAUUCGCUGCGGUCGCCAGCGUCGGCGUGCUCGGUCGUUGGGUUCCGGCCGUCCAGAGGACGAGUCGAUACGAGGGGUGUUAUGCCGGUGUCGUGGACGCAGGAUGUCGCGGGGCCGAUGGCGCGGACGGUACGAGAUGUGCGGAUCUUGUUCGACGUGAUGAAGGACGGUGAGUAUCUUGGAGAUCCUGCAAUAGUCCCGUCCGUGAAAUCAUCCUCGGACCCUGUCAGAAUCGGCGUCUUGAUCGGUUACUUCCCUGAUGAAUCCACGUCCGACGGCCUCGCCAUUAUCCAGACCAUCACUCACGCCUUGCAUCUCGUGGGUUCGAAAACGCCCACCGUCGAGUUCCUUCCGCUCCAGAAUCAGCCGGACUGGGACGUCGCGCGACUCCGCGCAAACGCCGAUACCCAGGCGUAUGAAUUCCAAUCCGCCCUGGAUUCCUUUCUUCAGUCGCCGAUGGUCAAAUCCACGCCUCAUCUCAGCCUGGCUUCCGUCACCGCCAGCGGCGAGUAUCACGGCGAGGCUGUGACGCCGGCAUUCUGGCAAACGCAGUCUCAGACCCAGCACCAUGAUGAGAAAGACGAGGAAGGAGGAGAAUUCACACCCACCAGCCCCCAAUACCGCUCUCGACUCGACACCAUCGCGCGGCUCAAAGAAUCUGUCACCUCGUGUUUUGAGGACCUAGCGCUCGACGCUCUCGUGUUUCCGCAUCAACGCCAGCUGGUCGCGCGCGUGGGGCCCAUGGUGCAGCCGGGCAGAAACGGCAUCUUGGCUGCUCUGACGGGGCGGCCGGCGAUUUGCAUUCCUGCUGGCUUCAGUGCCUCCACGGACACCGCGCCGCAGGGCGUCCCGAUUGGGCUGGAGCUUAUGGGGAGAGUAGGCCAGGAUGAGUGGCUGCUUGGGUUGGCGGAGAGGUUUGAGGGGUUGGUUCAGGGGAGGAAGGCUCCUUUGGAUGAGGUAUAUGGGGGUAUGUAG